AUGCCCAGCUUAUUAUGUUACCGUCUAUACUCUAUAGUAUCUAUCACUAGUAUUUCAGAUAUUAUAAAUAAUUUGAGAAAUGAAUAUUCAAAUGUAAAAGAUUCUUUGUUUUCUGAAAUCACCAAGCUUAUUAAAUUAAUUUUAACAAUACCAGCAUCUGCAGCGACUGCUGAACGUUCCUUUAGUGCAUUGAGAAGACUAAAAACAUAUCUGAGGUCCACAGACCACAAUGACCUAAAAGAGAUUAACUCACAUGAUGAUUUUACACGUUCAUAA